AACAACGAUUACGGCAAGUGGAUAGAUGGACGAUUACGCGGCUGCGUGUGGAUGCUCGCCCAUUGUUCGUCAAUCUCGUAGCGUUACGCGAAAAGCUGCGACUAUGAAUUAGAGCGGAGGAUCGAGGCGAAAUAUAAAGAAGAGAAGGGCGAGAAGAGCGAUCAAACGAUCGCGCGAGAGAAUGGGUCGCCUCUCGUGUCCGUUCGUCACCGUAUUCACGACCAUUGUUUUUAUUACGUCUGUCGAAGAUAAGCCUCGAACCGAGGCGUCCCGCGAUUGCGCGAAUCCCGAGCCGAGUUUCGAGCAGUCGGUAAUAAAGGAGAUGGUCGGUGUAGGGUCGGAUCGAACGAAAGGAGAGAAGAACGUAUCGAUCGGUAACGUUGUCGUGGCUACGAUUUUCGAGGAGUUCGAGACUCGUUUAUCUCGUCUGGAAAGAAGACUCAGAGCGAUCGAGCAACCCGUUUGGCAGAUGAGCUCAGGCGAGGAAGACUGGGAGAUUUGCGCCGAAGGGCCGUGUAGGUGUCAACCGGAAAUAAAAUUGGUGUCCUGUUGGAGGCAGGAUCUGUUGGAUCUUCCUGCGGCGCAGCUAGUUCCUCGGGACGUGUUAAAAUUGGAUUUGGCUGGUAAUCGACUGACGACGCUUCACAGGGAUACCUUUUUGGACAUGACACGGUUGAAUCAUCUAGAUCUGAGCGACAACUCGAUAGAGCAUCUUCCGUUAAACUUGUUUUUCUCGUUGCACGCUGUUGCGCGGAUCAGAUUGAGCAAAAAUUUACUCGGGGAAUUGCAUCGAUCUCAAUUCUUCAACACGCGAAAUCUUCGUAUUCUAGAUGCGUCUUCGAAUAAGUUGCGAAAUCUACCAGAGAGCCUCUUCUUGAGCACAACGUUGCUAGUAUUGCUCGACCUCUCCUGUAAUCGAAUAUCGAGCUUUUUACCGGGAAUAUUCCACGGGUUGACCAUGCUGGAAGAGCUAUUGCUUGGAAAAAAUCGACUGUCGGUACUACCUGUCGACCUAUUUAAAGACUUGACGAGUCUCAAGUAUCUUGGUUUGGAAGAGAAUCGACUGAGAGAAUUACCCGAUGAAUUAUUUCGGACGCAAACGUCACUUCGCGAGUUGAACUUCAGAAGUAAUCAAUUGUCGGAGAUAUCUGCGAGAUUACUGGCGCCUCUCGAACAACUAAACUCUCUUGAAAUGUCCAAUAACAAGAUAGCUCGAAUCAAUCCGACUGCAUUUCAAGGUUUGGUAGCGUUGAAGGAACUUCAACUGGGACACAAUCGUUUAAGAAACUUGACGCCUGGACUGUUUUCAAUGUCUGCCAGUUUGGAAAGAUUGGUAUUGUACGCAAAUGGAAUAGAGAAUUUAUUGCGCGGCACGUUCCAAGGCUUAUCUAAUUUGACAUCGCUUUUUCUGCACUCGAAUCACUUGAGAAUUAUGCAUCCCGAUUUAUUCCAAGAUACGCCGAAUCUGCGAAAACUCAGGCAGCUAGAAUCGAAUUAUUUAUCGUCGUUGCCGCCUCGGAUUUUAGACGCCGUAGAAUCGAUCGAACAGCUUCGUCUCGCUAGAAACCCAUGGCACUGCGAUUGUGCUGCCUCCUAUCUGGCUACAUGGUUGCAAAGAAUGUACCUAACGCGGGUAAAUGACACAAACUCGUCCGAGAAUUUGGGCAUUUGGGAAUUUGGUGCAGGAGCGGUUUGUAGAGGGCCCGGUACUCUCGGUGGCAGACUGUUGCUUCGUUUAACGUUUCACGAACUCUGUGAAGGACAAUGGGCUUCGAUGAAGGGUUUGGUUCCUCGACUUCCGAUAGAUCUCAUCAGUGGUCGAAACGUCGCUUCCACCGAUAAUCCUUUUUCGCGAAACGAGUCCGUCUCGACGCCUAACCUCUCUCGUUCCACCAUUCCUUCGCAGAGAUAACGUCUCGAUAUAUAUUUUUUUUUUUUAUGUAUUCGUCGUUAUUAAACUUUUGUAUUCGAGUUUAAUAUAGGAACAAUCCCUUCUCAU